AUGGGAGAAGACAAUGAUCUGGAAAAGCGUGCAAUAGAAGAACUCCUCAGAGAGACGGAUCGAGCGAGAGUGCGGGCAGAGACCAUGGGUCCAACGGGAUGGUUAAAGUGUCCUCUCAAGAGCACAAACAAGCGCUUUCUUCUGAAUACACUGCGCUCCACUGGCCUAAAGCGGCGUUCAGAUGAAGAGUCUUCCUCAAGCCGGCGCUUCAGGAGCGAGUCCUCCGAGCGAAGACGUGACCGCAGCAGAUCACCAUCUCACAGGAGCCGUGACAGACACCAGGGCCACAGAGACGAGUCCAACCGGGAAGACCGCUCUAUGGAAGAUUUGAAAUGCAAGAAAGAGAAGGAGAGGCGUGACGGGCACGGACGAGAAAGAAAACAUGUAGAAGAGAAUGGUGGUCAUAGGAAACAUAGACAUAAGUGA